GAAGCGUGCGAGGAGGGGGCGAGGCGGAAGUGCGGGCCCCGGGCACUCCCCAGCGCCUCUCCCGCCCCCGACACUUCCCGCCCCGGCUCUCGCUGCGGCACAAAAGAUGGCGGCGAAAACACAGGGCGGCAUCCGCCUCAGCGCGCUUUGUCCAAAGUUCUUGCAUACCAACUCUACCAGUCACACCUGGCCUUUCAGUGCAAUUGCAGAACUUAUAGAUAAUGCUUAUGAUCCAGAUGUGAGUGCUAAACAGAUAUGGAUAGACAAAACAGUGAUAAACGACAAUAUAUGCUUGACAUUCACUGAUAAUGGAAAUGGUAUGAACUCAGAGAAGCUGCACAAAAUGCUAAGCUUCGGCUUCAGUGAGAAAUCUGUGAUGAAUGGCCGUGUUCCAGUGGGACUGUAUGGAAAUGGGUUUAAAUCGGGGUCCAUGCGCCUGGGAAAAGAUGCAAUAGUCUUCACCAAGAAUGGAGAAACCAUGAGUGUGGGCCUGUUGUCUCAGACUUUCCUUGAAGUCACAAAAGCAGAACAUGUCAUGGUUCCUAUAGUGACGUUCAACAACAAACGACAGAUAAAUGAUCCAACAGAAUCAAAAAACAGCCUGAAGGCCAUCUUAACACAUUCUUUAUUUUCUACUGAGGAGAAAUUACUGGCAGAGCUAGAUGCUAUAAUAGGGAAAAAAGGAACAAGAAUUAUCAUUUGGAAUCUUAGAAGAGAUAAAAAUGAAAAAACAGAAUUUGACUUUGACAAGGAUAAAUACGAUAUCAGAAUUCCAGAAGACUUAGAUGAAACAGGCAAAAAAGGAUAUAAAAAACAAGAGAGACUGGACCAGAUUGUUCCAGAAAGUGACUACUCACUGCGAGCUUAUUGCAGUAUCUUGUAUCUGAAGCCAACAAUGCAGAUCAUUCUGCGAGGACAAAAAGUGAAAACACAGCUGGUUUCCAAAAGCCUUGCCUUCAUCGAACACGAUAUAUAUAGGCCAAAAUUUUUGAAUGCUAAAACAGUGAGAAUUACUUUUGGAUUUAACUGCAGAAACAAAGAUCAUUAUGGAAUAAUGAUGUACCAUAAAAACAGACUCAUCAAAGCUUAUGAAAGAGUUGGUUGUCAGUUAAAGGCAAACAACAUGGGUGUUGGUGUAGUUGGGAUUAUUGAAUGCAACUUCCUAAAACCAACUCAUAACAAACAAGAUUUUGACUACACAAAUGAAUACAGACUUACAAUAGCAGCAUUAGGAGAAAAGCUUAAUGAUUACUGGAAUGAAAUGAAAACAAAGAAAAACGAAGAAUAUCCAUUAGCUUUGCCAGUUGAAGAGAUACAAAAACAGCCUGAUCAGACAUGGGUACAAUGUGAUGCAUGUCUGAAAUGGCGGAAGCUGCCAGAUGGAAUAGAGCACUUGCCAGAAAAGUGGUACUGCUCACUGAACCCUGACCCACAAUUCCGGAACAGUAAUGUGCCAGAAGAACCAGAAGAUGAUGACUUAAUACAUCCUACAUAUGAGAAAACUUACAAGAAAAAAGACAAGGAAAAACUGAAGAAGCGACUAGAGUACGGCCACCAGAUGAAUAAUGAAAUGUUUUUAAAAACACCUGCUUCUUCAAGUAAAGACUUCAAAACAUUCUCAGCUGUUAGUGGAAAGGAAGCCGUUCCAAGAUCACUUUUACCAGAAACAUCAAAUGCUUCUGUCAAAAGACCUCUGCUUAUUUUAAAUAGAUCGGUAUCUUCACCUCAUUCUGAUUCUGAUAACAGUCUGAAACGGAAGACACCUGGUUGCGUGACACCUGUGUCUUUAAAGACACCUCGAUUAAAUGACAAAACAUUCAACAACCAUGAUGAUGAUGAUGAUGAAGAUGUCAUUAUUUUAGAGGAGAGCAGUACUCCAAAGCCUUCAGCAGAUUCUGAUGUUCCUGUAGUAAAAACUGAAUGUAUUAACUUGGAUCAAGAGAAGCAGAAAGAAAACUGUGAUGUCGGAGAACCUUGCAGUGCAGCUACUUCAGAAUCAAAAAGUGAACAGUUGACCUCGGCGACACAGACAGAGCUCCCAAACUUAGUUGUUAAAAAGGAAGAGGUGGAAGAUGACACCGAUAUUCAAGUUCCCAGGGCAGAGAUGGAAACUAAACAGCACAAUGUUAAAGAUGUUUCUGAGACAUCUGUAGAUCUUGGAAAUGAACUGAAAAAUCAGCUGCAAUUAUUAAACAAAGAAAAAGAAAUGUACCAAAACAAAUGUGAAGUAUUAACCAAACAAGUAGAAACACUGGAACAGAGGAUUUUAGAAAUGAGUAAUAAGUACGUAAAAAAAGAAAUGUGCCAUCAGUCAACUGAGACAAUUUCUUCAUUUGCAGAAGAAAAUGUUCAUGAAAGAAGUUUGGCAGAAGUGACCAUUCUCUAUGAACAGGCCUUAGAAGAAAUAGCAAAACUAAAGGAACAAUGCAGUACCCUGCAGAACUUAAAAACUGAAUGCAGCAAGUGUGCUGAUGGUGAAAAUAAAAGCGAGGUAGAUGAAAUUGCUGUGCAACUGGACGAUGUUUUCAGGCAACUGGACAAAUGCAGCAUUGAGAGAGACAGAUAUAAAAGUGAGACUGAACUACUAGAAGUGGAAAAAAAUCAAAUUGCCUGUCAAUGUGAAGAACUCAAAGCAGAAAUCGCACAGUUAAAAGCUUCAAUUCCACAAGUGGUAGCACGUGCAAAUGAUUCUACCACCAGUAAUGUAGAAGACUCUGUAAAUUUUUCUGAUGGAGAAAGCCUGAAACUACGCUCUCUUCGAGUCAAUGUUGGACAACUUCUGGCUACAAUCAUGCCUGAUCUAGAUUUGCAGCAAGUGAAUUAUGAUAUUGAUGUAGUAGAUGAAAUUUUAGGACAAGUUGUCGAACAAAUGCAUGAAAUCAGUAGUACUUAAUAUCUUAAGACUUCAGCAGACUCUUACUUGAUCUUCCAUUAUAACCUUUGUGUAGGUUCAAAAUUGUAUAUACUGCUUCUUCACUUUAUAUAUUUGACAUAGUUUGAUCAAUAAGUGUAUAUACUCUACGCGUUUAGAUGUUCCCACAGAUGCAGUGGGUGUUAUCUUCGCUUCCUCUUAAAGGAACACUGUCAAUAUUGACCAACCCUGAUGUACUUAAUUAAGGACUUUGCUUUUAAAAUGUAUUUGUAAUUAAAUUUGCAAAUAUUUUUAUUAUUAGGAAUCUUAAUACUUUUCUACAAAAGCUUUUUCGUUGACUUUUGAUCUUAUUUAAGCAUUAAUACUUGCAAUUAUUUCCUCUUCUAAAAUCGAAGUAGUGGAAUAUAUUAAAAAUGCAAAAAAGAACCUUCCUUGACUUCCCUCUCAGAACAAACCUUAGUAGUGUUGUUGUAUACUACAGUAUUGCUUCAUUGCUAUCAGCAAUGUUGUGUGUUGCAUUAAUGGGAUAGAAAAGUAACUAGUAGAUGAAAGUUUUGGCCAUAUGGGUAAUAUUUGUGUUUUACUACCAAAAGAAGAAAAAUUCUUUAAGGGCUUUAUCCUGAAAACUGAUGAUACUUUGACUCCCUUUUGGAUUUUUUUGGUGUCACUAAAGAACAUUAUCUGUACGCAGUUUUGCAGCAUAAACAAUUCCAUGGGAUAUGGCUAGGAUAUUUCAGCCUUUUCAGUGAUGGAAACCACAUGCCUGUUUGUCCUGCCCUUGCUACUUGAUUCUUGUUUCCUACAUCCGAGGACCUGGCUGUAUUUGAGCACAGCUAGAGGGACCUUCAGUUCUACCCUGUAGUUCCCACUUGAGCACAGCAGUGCUGGUUUGCAAGUCCCAGGUAUGUACCAGUACACGGCUUCGAUAGUCAGAUUUCACACACAGCUCUUGCCUGCUUUUUUCCAAGUCAGAGGCAGCUGGUGGAAUGGGAAGCAUCCUCGUGGACCAUUGGAGGAGAACAAGCUGGGGUGGCAUAUCCAAAGCUAGGGUGGGAUGCCUGGGCAACCUCUACUCUGCAUCGAAUGCUGCCGCUUGAGACCUGAAGGCCUUUUUUCAGGGAAGCCCAGUGCUGAACAGGAUUGACACAGAGGUUCUGCGAUGUAUGCAAAUGCUUAUAUAUGUUAUCUCAAAAAACAAAUUGUUGCAGUAUUAAACAUACAGUCUGCCUUGGAGUCUUUCAGGCUGAGAUGCGAGGGUGACGAGAUUCGUCUCUGAAGCUUGCCUUCCUGUCAGAAUGUACCGUGCUGAGUACGAAUGGGUCAGACUCCUAAGUCCUUGAUUAACGAGUUGAAUGGAAGUACUUUGAAAAGGAGGCACACUUCCUUAUCUGUGGUGGUAACAAUCACAGAGUGAGCUAAAGCUGAAAAUGUUAAAAUAUAACUUGUUUAUGCUAUCUAGAAGUUUAGACACCUUUUAUUAUCGGCAAGAUAGAGGAGUCCCUCUUUUUUUCCCUCUUCUGUUUUUUUUCCGUAAAUGUUUUACAGUGACUCUUAAGCCACUAGUUCUAUGCUCUAAUGCUCGUGCAAAAACUUCCUUGAAGAAAUGGUACCGAGAGAAACCGAUGUUACAAUGGUGACAGUAUUCUCAGCCAAUUGCAUGUUUCUCUUUUGAAGUCAGCAGGAAUGAGAAGAAAGGUGGCAAAGAUAGCAAAUCCACCUUUUACUCUGUGGUGGUAUUCGUCAUCCGAACGGUGAUCAAGAAAAAUGGUUCCUGCUUUUAAAAAAAAUUAAAAAAAAAAAUAAAAAUCAUGAAAUAGCAUUCAAUACGUUCAUUCCUAGGAAGUGUCUUUUUUUAUAAAGCCAACAUUUUUGGCUUUUGCACUGCUACUGUCCUGACUUAAUUAGAUUAUGUUCCUUUUAGUUGUAGUUCAGUCAUUUUCUUUCGAUGGAUGGUAUUUCAAUUUUAAGAUGCUAUCUAUUCUAGUAUGCCAAUAAGGGUAAUGCAAUACUGUUGUACUUUGUAAUGGAUAAAUUUGAAUGUUUGAUUUUUUUAAGAGGUGGCUGUAAUAUAACUGUUUUUAUUACUUUUAAAAAGUUUAUAUUUUCCAUUUAUUGGUGUGUAAUUUUCCAUUUCUUAAUCAUUAUUUAUUAUGUUUCAUCAGACUCUGUAGUUGAAUUUCUUAUAGAUAGCUGGCAAAAUAUAGCAUAUAUCUGUAUUAAAAAUGGCGCAUUUACACUGUACAUUUACACUUUGGAGAACAGUGGGCUAAUGGAAAUGGUUUUUAUUUACUUGCUAAAAUGUAUUUUUUGUAAAAAAUAAAAAUAACACUAUAUAAAUCUGAGUUUGCAGGAUCAAAAUUUGUAUGUGAUCAGAUGCGAUGUUUCUGUUUAUAAAUAAAUCCUAUGCAGAACGGCU